CUCCAGGUGCUGGCCACCAGCUUCCCCGGCCUGGACGCCAACCUGGACGCCCGGGAGUACUCCUUCCCCGAGGGCGAGCUGUCCGAUCUGUUCAAGGGCUUCCACAGGCUGGAGCGCCUGGUGUACAGGGAUGGCGACCUGGGCCCAGAGACGCUGGCGUAUGCGGAGGGCGUGGAGACCACGCUGCAGCAGCUGCAGACCACGCUGAACAGCACCAACCCGCAGCUCUUCACCUCCGCCUCCAGCCUGGAGGGCAUGCUGAACCUGGCCAGCGAGGUGGUGGCCAAGAAGGUCAGCAGCGAGGAGGAGACGAGCAGCGACCUGUCGCAGCUCAUCUUCUACAACAACUGGAAGGGCAUCCUGUCGCAGGUGGGGCCC